AUGUCCUCCGCCCAGGUUAUCAACGUUACCCUCCCCGCCCUGUCUGCCGACUGGAGCGCCGACAAGGACUUCAAGGCUAUUGGCAAGGUCUCCGCCGCUACACAAAGGAACCUCGAGCCUGUUGGUCCUCAUUUCCUUGCUCACGCCCGCAGAAAGCGCCACCAGCGCACUUUCUCCGAGGACGAGCGCAUCCAGGCCCAGCAGAACGUCAAGAAGACCGAAGAUGAUGAGGAUGAUGAUAUCUCUGAGGAUGAGGACCCCAUGAUGCUCCAGCGUGAUGCCAAGGACUGGAAGGUAUGCAUCCCAAAUUAUCGAGCCAUGGACAAAUCUAAUGUCUCUCUAGAGCCAAGAUCACUACGCUGUUCUCGGCUUGAGCAAGCACCGCUGGCGCGCGACCCCCGAGCAGAUCAAGCGUGCUCACCGCAAGAAGGUGCUCCGUCACCACCCCGAUAA